AUGUUAAUGCAAGGGCACCUCAAAGAGCUGUUAAGCGAUAAGGGGAGGAUCAACUUUGCCAGAGGACGUGAACAUCAAGGCCCGCCAAAGCCGCCAUCGCCAGCUUGUACCAUCAACAUGAUCAUUGGCGGAGGCGAUGAUGUCUCUAUCAACGGCAUAAAGUUCACCACCACUCACAAGCUCAAGCGGUCUAUCACCCGCGAAUGGUACGGCGGACUCGAAGAAAGUAUCAUUUUCGACGAGUCGGAUGCCGAUGGUUUGACUUUCCCUCAUAAUGAUGCCCUCAUUAUUACUUUACGCAUUUUAGAUACCGAUGUCAAACGCAUCAUGGAGGGAGAUAAAAGCGGUGCAUGCAUUAUCCAUCCCCGUGUCAUUACCCAAAUGAGGCUCGAGGAUAAGAUAGUAUUAGGCUGCAUCACGCUAAUCGAUUUUAAUAAUGCAGUUGAGCAGAUAUCUGGGGAAAUUACACUUUCCGUCUUGGCCGGCGCGCGUGACUCUGUAGACGACAUUCCACAUCAUGUACCAAGUCACUACGUACAACGCCAUAGUGGGACGACCAUGGAUACACCCCAUAAGAGUCUCCUCCAGCCUAUACCAAGUAAUUAA